UUGAGUGACUACUUCGGUUUGUUCACUUUGAGUUAAAAUGGGUAGUACUACAAAUAACAACAUUUCCCUGACAUACGAUGAAGUAGUUCACAACAAGAUCAGAUCACUGGAAAUCAUCGAGGAGCAAAUAGCAAAUGCAUUGAGCAUCAUUCCAACUUGCCAACAACCUCAACAACCGGUCAAGACUGCAAAAGAUUUAAAUGAAGAAUUCUUUGACUUAUGCCGCGAACUUCGUUGCAUUCUUGGUUUCGCUUUGAGCAAUAUCAAGACUUUUACAAGUGCCUGCAGUAACGAAGGUAGUGAACUAAAGUCAGCCAAAGUUGGCCAAGAUGACUUGUUAAAAACAAAGUGGAAGCGCCUUGGUGAAGGAGGAUUUGCCAAUGUAUUUGAAGCCAAGCUUAGAGGGAAUACAGUGGCUAUAAAAGUACUGAGGAAUUUCAAACAUUCAAAGGCUCUAUUCACGGAAGGAAAUCUUUUGAGAGAUUUUCGACAUGAUAAUAUCGUAGCAUUCAGAGGCAUGGAUAUCCUAGAGACUGACAUCCCAGAACUUAACCUACAGGCAUCAAGUCCAUUCAUUGUGAUGGAAUUCAUCUCAAAUAAUUUAUAUAAGUAUGUAGAGAGUCAAAGAACUCCAGAAAAUUCAGGACUACCCAUUGGCUUGGUCUGGAAUUUAGGUAGACAAGUGGCAAAUGGGCUGUUUUAUCUGCAUAGCUUAACACCCCCUGUCAGUCAUAGAGAUUUGAAACCUGACAAUUUAUUGCUUGAUAUCAGGAGUAUGAGAGUAAAACUAGCAGACUUUGGAUUAUCUCGUCCAAUUAUUGCAUCAAAUGAAGGGACGGUUUCUUUGUUCCAUGUAAAGUGGACUGCACCAGAAAUUUGGGAAUAUGUAGAUGAAGAUGAACUAUUUUACCUGAGAGCUGAUAUCUACUCAUAUGGUCAAGUCAUAGCAUAUCUUCUGACCGGAGAAGCUCCUUGGCGUGGUCGCCAUACUGCCAGUGUUGAAAAUCUCAGAAAAAAUUUUAAUGAGAAAGAAAAUAAGGUUAAUGUGCCUGACGAAUUUGGAGGUCCACUUAAAGAAAUCAUUGAAGCUUGCAGAGAAGAGAAUCCAGAAAAAAGGCCCACCAUGCAAGAACUUAUUUAUAACUAUUUUUCAAUGGAUUCCAACCCAUAUCAGUCUGAUGCAGAAAGUGCAGAAUUCUUCUGCUGUGGAUUUCUAAAUGAUACCAAGAUAUUUGUAGCAGACAGCCUUGUUGAUGAGUCUAGUGAAGGAUACUUKAAGACAAAYGAAACCCCACGGGGGUAUCCUGCGGAUUGUUUGGUGUGUGAAGUUGAAGUUGYUAAUGAGCAAUACAACGAUUGUCCGAGAGAGGAAAAUUGGCCUUAUGAGCAGAAAUACAAGGAAAAUUAUGCACAUUUUAGACAAGCAGCUAUUGAUAAAAAGAUUGAAGACAAUCCCGCCAUUGCCCUAAAACAUCUUGUWACUCCUCGAGAAGAUGAAGAGGAACGUCAAGAAAUCCUACUCAAGUUUGGUCAGUCCACUUACUGCCACCAUCGUGCAAUGCGAGAAGUAUGGAUGAAAGUMCUUGAUGAUUCAAAAAGAGCAGAGUUUGUGCCUUGUAAGAGUGUCAUCAACAAAACRUUCAGRACMUCGUUUGGUCUUCAUGUGGCUGUUUUGACGGCUGAUUCGCCACCGAAAUUCAUCUUUGCUCGACGAGCGAACAGAGAGGGAAUGGCAACACCUGGCAAGUUUACUUGUGGAGCUGUUGAAAGUUCUUCUACCAAAGACUACAAGAAAAUAGAUGAAUCAGGAAAAAAAGCCUUCGUUGAUCUAGUUCAGACGGCUGCGCGUGGUCUAGAAGAGGAACUUCGCGUAGAGCUGAAAGGUGACGAUGUCCAAGCGAUUUGCCUCUCUACCGUGUACCUCAAGUACGACACGCACGAAUGGGGUUUAUGUGGUUUUGUAGACCUCUCCGACCACCGUAUUGAUCCAUCAAGAAGGUUGACAUUUGAACAACUAGGCUCACGCUUCAGCGCAGGACCAAAGGAUAAGUUUGAGCACGAAGAAGUCAAAGCUGUGGAUUUUACGUUGCCCACGAUGGUUGAAUUCGUAAGGGAGAAUUAUCACAAUUUUGCGAGUUCUGCCAAGUUGGUUGUUGUUAAAGUUUUGCAAUCUUUCUUUGGUGUUUCAGCAGUGGAAAAAGCAUUUCAYUCUUAUAUGGACCAGUAAUUAGAAUUUCAUACAGAAUCGAGACGACAUAGGGCGUUUUUCUGUCGCACAUGAAAAAAUUGUAAUCGUGUAGUUGCGUCUUCACUAAAAUUGUUCGAACUCACGUUUAGACGCGAGAGGAUAAAGAAUUCUGUAAUGUUUCAAAAACAAAUCUUAAAAAACAAACAAUACUAAGCUUUGAAACUGAAAGUCGAGUUUUAAAUUUAUUUUACAGGGAGUUUUUUGAUUCAUUACCAAUUAAACGAAAUAUCGGCGA